AUGUCCUUUCAAGUUAAUACAUCAAUACUAGAUAAUGCAGAUGGCUCAGCUGAAUUAAAACUAAAUAAUACAAAAACAAUAGUAUCAAUAAAUGGCCCCAUAGAUCCAAAACCAAGACAAGAAUUACCACAACAAGCAAGUUUAGAAAUUAUAAUAAGACCAGCAAUAGGAUUAUCAACAACUCGAGAAAAAUUAUUAGAAGAUAAAAUAAGAUCAUUAUUACAAUCAAUUAUAAUACGUUUCAAAUAUCCAAGACAAUUAAUUCAAAUUGUUAUACAAUUUUUGAUAAUUGAUGAAAAUUCCGGUUUUACAUGUAAUGAAUUAAAUUCAGCUAUAAAUUGUUGCUUUUUUGCAUUAGUUGAUUCAGAUUUAUCUAUAUUUUCAAGUUUUGCAUCUAUUGUUGUUUGUUAUAAUCAGGGGAAUCUCAUAUUUAAUCCUCCAGGUAAUGUAUUAGAAACUUGUGAUUCUCACCAUGUUUUAUGUUUUAAUUUCAAAAAUGAAAAAGUUAAAGAUUUAAUGUUAUUAGAAAGUGUUGGUUCAUUCACUGAAUCUGAAUUAUUUAAUUUAAUUUCUAAAAGUGUGACUCAUGUGGAAGAACUACAUCAACAACAAAGAAAAAUAAUAAAUGAUAAAAUUUCAAAAGAUUAUAUAUGGAAGUAA